GUGUGUGUGCAAUAGUGUUGGUGUGGAGUACGCUAGGCAUUUUUACUCGAAGGCACUCGGUGCCAAAUGCUCGAGACAGCGCUACGAGCGUCCACUUUUUACCGUGGAGGCCUGUUACUGUUUAGAUGCGCGGAAUUAAUAAAAAUAUUUUCGUUCAAUCGGGGAGAUUAAUUUCCAGUGCUGGGGUGAUCGAGGGAUUGAGGUUAGAUGAGGUGGCAUAGCUGAUGGUGAUUGUGACAAUGGUGUGGAAAGAAUUCAGCCAGCAUCUAGCCGUGGCCAUAUACAACUAUCGGCAAGAUGGUCCACACCGGCUGCACCUCUUGGUGGGUGAUGUCGUGCAGAUACUGGAAGAAACCGACGAUUGGUACUACGGUUGUGCGAAGUACAAGGGAACCAGGGGAAUAUUCCCCAAGUCCUAUGCACGCAUUCUUCCCCAGUCGAGUAGCAUGGAAGCCCUAAUGCACGAGAUAACGAGUGUAUUGAGGGAAUGGGGUCACCACUGGAAGCAUUUAUACGUGACGAACUCCGAGAACUUCAAAAUGGUCCACCAGCAGAUGCUGGAGCUGCUCGGCAACAGAUCAAAAAUUCUGAGUGGCACCCUGACCGUGGACGAGUUAAAAGACAUGAAGCGUUUAGCAACCGCUCGAAUCGACACAGGGAACCAGCUGCUCGGCCUGGACAUGGUGGUCCGCGACGAUCACGGCAACAUCCUGCACCCAGAGGACACCAGUACAAUCCAGCUCUACUACCACCACGAGACAGCUGCCGAGAGGAUCCGCAGAGCAGCCACCGAGACCAAGAAGAAACCGACGAAGCCCCAGGUCCCAGUGUACUCCCACAUCUUCUUCGUCAGUGUCCGAAAUUUCGUCUGCAAGAUGUCUGAGGACGUGGAGCUCCUCCUGACGCUCUACGACGGCCAGAAGAACCGAGCGAUCACCGAGAACUACGUGGUCUCCUGGAGCAAGGAGGGCCUCGCCAGAGACAUCGAUCAACUCCACAACCUCCGAGUGCUGUUCACAGACUUGGGCUCGAGGGACCUCUCCAGGGACAAAGUCUACCUCGUCUGCUACGUCAUCCGAGUCGGCGGGAUGGAGGCGAAGGAGAUAGACCACAGGAGAUCAUCAAUCGUUCCGCAAACAAACCACAAGAACAAAUCCAGUGUCGACAAUAUGAGAAGACCCUUCGGAGUUGCUGCCAUGGACAUAACCCUCUACAUUACAGGAAAGCUCGAGGGUGACGUUGAACACCACCACUUCAUUCCCUUCGUCCACUGCGAGAAAGAAAGUCUAGAUGGAACACUUCGUCGAAUCCUGGCGCAAAAGGAAACAGGAACCCUGAAGAACUCGUCCACUGGGGGCAACGGAGCCCCAGUGGGAGGCCAAGGGCUGUGGGCAAGCCUGAAGCUCCUGAGAGGAGACACUAAACAAGUUCGUGACGAGUACCCCCACCUGGUGCUGGGUAACGUAGCAAUAGCCAGAAAGAUGGGUUUCCCAGAGGUGAUCCUCCCCGGUGACGUGAGGAACGACCUCUACCUCACCCUGGUCUCCGGAGAAUUCAGUAAAGGCUCCAAAUCCACCGACAAAAACGUGGAGGUAACGGUGAAGGUCUGCAAUGACCAGGGUCUCCCCAUUCCUGGUGUGAUGACUCUGGGCGGAGGUGCACCAUCGAUAAACGAGUACCACAGUGUCAUAUACUAUCACGAGGACAAGCCUCACUGGUGCGAGACCUUCAAGAUAGCUGUGCCAAUAGAGGAGUUCAAGCAGGCUCACUUGAAAUUCACAUUCAAGCAUCGCAGUUCAAACGAGGCCAAGGACAAGUCUGAAAAGCCAUUUGCGUUGAGCUACGUGCGCCUUAUGCAGCGUAAUGGAACGACCCUGCAAGACACACAGCAUGAAUUGCUAGUGUAUAAGAUAGAUAAUAAGAAGUACGAGGAGAAUGACAUAUCGUACUUUAAGCUGCCAUCCACUCGUGCUGAAUUAGUGGAAUUAAGUGCUGAGAAGAAGCCGGGGAUUGGGCAUUUGAGUCUUUCGUCCAAGGACAGCUUUUUGUUGUCGACUAAUGUCUGCUCCACCAAAUUGACCCAGAACGUUGACCUGCUGGGGCUGCUCAACUGGGCGAGCAAACCCACGGAUCUCAAGGAGUCGCUGGCUGCGUUGAUGAAGGUCGAUGGGGAGGAGGUUGUUAAGUUCCUGCAGGACGUGCUUGAUGCCCUCUUCAAUAUUCUCAUGAGCAACUCUGACUGUGAUUAUUACGAUGAUAUGGUGUUCGAGUGUAUUUUGUAUAUCAUUGGACUCGUUUCCGACAGAAAGUAUCAGCACUUUCAGCCUGUUUUGGAUUUGUAUAUAUCGGAGAGCUUUUCGGCUACUCUGGCGUACAAGAAGCUCAUUGCUGUACUGAGGAAGAGGAUUGAUGGCGCCAGUUGCCAGUCGAGUGAUGGACAGGAGAGGGACCUGCUGAAGACUAUGAAGAGUUUGCAGUAUUGUAUGAGGUUUAUUGUGGAAUCGAGGAUGUUGUUUACUGAGCUGGGGCAGAAUGAAGAGGAAUUCUCACAGACUUUAACAGAUUUGCUGAAGUCCAUCGUUGAUCUUAUGAGGCACGAGACAGAUGGGACGCUGCUGGUGCAAGGGGCUUGUCUGAAAUACUUUCCCACGACUAUUCCCCAUUUGUUGCUUGUGUACAGUGGCAAGCAGUUGAGUGUCAUUCUAACGGAGUUACUCAUGACACUGCCACCUGGGAGGCUGACCAAGCAGAAGAUGAUGACUGUUAAUGAUAUUGUUCAUAGUCCCCUGUUUCUCAAUGUGGACUGCAGAGGGAUUCUUCUGCCCAAGAUCACGGUUCUUGUCAGGGAUCUGCUCGCCGCCAAGGAGGAGGGACUGUCAAGUACGCCUGGAAAAAGUGUGGCUAAGGUAGCUAGACUCCUUGGUGAGAAUCGGCAUCGGCUGAAUCAACAUCGUGGCUAUUCUGAGGAGGUGGAGUUGUGCGUGAAGAUACUGUCGGAUAUUCUCGAACUCACAUUCAGGAAGGACGUGGGAUCCACUGUCUCUGAUGUCAAGGAAAUCAUGAUGACAGCUUUAAGAACUGUUAUACAAACUGUUAUUCCCAUGGACAGGGAGAAUCCACUCGUGGGAAAUUUAGUUUCCGUGAUGCUUUCGAUAUUCAGACAAAUGACUCCACAUCACUACGAGAUCUACACCAACCACUUCGCGACGGCCUUCGAUCUUCUGGACUUCCUAAUGGAGAUCCUCCAAGUCUUCAAGGACCUAGUCUCAACACCUGUCUUCCCCCCGGACUGGAGUGAGAUGAUAAUGCUUCAAAACAGUGUCAUCCUGAAAUGCCUUCGUUUCUUCUCCGGCACAAUCCGCGACUACUACUUCAAGGAUUUUGAGCACCAAGCCUGGUCCAACUUCUUCCACUGUGCAAUAGCCUUCCUGACCCAGCCCCCCCUCCAACUCGAGAACUUUACCCCCUCGAAACGCAACCGCAUAGUGACCCGCUAUAAUGACAUGCGUCGGGAGACAGCCUUCGAGAUCCGCUCGAUGUGGUUCAACCUGGGUCUCCACAAGAUCCUCUUCGUCCCAGGGCUCGUCGGUCCAAUCCUCGAGAUGACCCUCAUUCCCGAAUCAGAGCUUCGAAAAGCAACAAUUCCCAUCUUCUUCGACAUGAUGCAGUGCGAAUUCUACUCCUCGCGCAUCACUGAGGGCUAUGGAGACACAAAACGCGAGCCAAAACACAUGAGGGGUAAUUUCAAUGAAUACGAGAAUGAGAUGAUUGCUCAACUGGACAUACUGGUGGAGGGUGGAAGGGGUGACGAGCAGUUCUGUUCACUGUGGAUCAAAGUGAUGGGUGAAUUGUGCGAGGGCCACGCGCAGUUGAGAGAUCAGGGCCUCAGAUUCGUGGACACUGUGGCUAAACUCAUGGAGCGAUUGCUCCAGUAUCGAGACAUCAUUCAUGCCGAGUCCCAGGAGCACCGCAUGAUGUGCACGGUGAAUCUCCUGGAGUUUUACUCAGACAUCAAUCGUAAGGAGAUGUACAUAAGGUACGUCAACAAGUUGUGUGAGCUUCACUUGGAGUGUGACAAUUAUACAGAAGCUGCGUACACUCUGAAGCUUCAUUCCCAACUGUUGGAUUGGAGUGACCAGGCCCUGCCUCCUCUGCUCCGUUCAAACCGCUAUCCAUCCUGCAAUACUCACAGAGAACUCAAGGAGGCCCUCUACAACGACAUGAUUGACUACUUCGACAAAGGGAAGAUGUGGGAGUGCGCCCUGGGGGUCUGCAAAGAGCUCGUGGCCCAGUACGAGGAGGAGACUUAUGAUUACCUCCAGUUAUCUGUCCUGCUGAAACGAAUGGCCGAAUUCUACGACGCGAUUGUUAAGCAGUUCAGGCCGGAGCCCGAGUACUUCAGGGUUGCUUACUAUGGACGGGGACACCCGCCCUUCCUGCAGAACAAGGUGUUCAUCUACAGGGGGAAGGAGUACGAGAGGCUCAGUGAUUUCUGCUCGAGGACGUUGAACCAGUUGCCCAAUGUCGAGAAGAUGAACAGGCUGUCACCACCCACUGAUGACAUCAUGGAGUCCAAUAGCCAGUAUGUGCAGAUCAAUAAGGUGGACCCUGUGAUGGAUGAGAAGAGGCACCGGCUCAGUGGGAAGCCUGUCACUGCUGAAGCUGUUUUGAGGUAUCACAGGGUCAAUGAUGUCCAGAGGUUCAGAUUCUCCCGUCCGGCACCCAAAAGAGAUACCUCAUCGAUCAACAGCCACGGGAGUUUAGAGAAAGAAAAUUCAGAUGGAAGUAGUCGUGAUUCUAAAGCCAGUAGUAAUAGUAAUAAUGAGUUUGCUUCGCUUUGGCUGGAGAGAACAGUAUUAUGCACGAGUCAUCCCCUUCCUGGGGUACUGAGGUGGUUCCCAGUCGUGUCUAGUGAUACUUAUUUCGUUAGUCCUCUGAGGAAUGCCAUAGAGACGAUGGAGGCCACCAAUACUGCACUCAGGGAUCUUAUUAUAGCGCACAAGUCAGAUUCAAGUCUUCCGUUGAAUCCGUUCAGCAUGAAGCUCAAUGGGAUUCUGGAUCCUGCAGUUAUGGGGGGCAUUGAUAAUUAUGAGAAGGCUUUUCUCAAUCAGGGGUAUAAGGAGACACAUCCGCAGGAGAGUGCGGAUUUACUGAAGCUGGAGAGCUUGAUUGCUGAGCAGAUUCCCUUGCUCGGGGUGGGAGUUCAUCUCCAUAAAACGAGGGCUCCUGUGGAACUUGCACCCUUUCAUCAGAGGCUGGAGCAGUGCUUUGUGGCUAUGAGGACACAGGUGGAAGCUAAAUAUGGGAAAAGGACGUGUGAUCUACAAAUUGAAGCUAUGACUCAACCAGUAACUAUGAGAAAGCAUCCGCACAAUAGAGGGGACUUCCAUAGGCUCUCGGACAGCACCAGCAUCAUAAGCACAUCUGAUUCCGGUGUGCGGUCCAGAGUAUCUUCCCUAACGAGAUCACAAGUUGCGACACUCAAGUCGUUCGCAACAUUCAAUUUUAACAACAGUACAAAUAACGCGGGUGUACAAAACGUCACUUUAACAAGAAACAGUUCAGUUCGCUCUCACAUACUCUCCUCCACGUCCCUCCACAAGGCGUUGGGCACUUCCGGUACAGGAACGAGUAAGAAGAAGGAUUCAAAACGCAGGAACUCGAGAAAAUCGGACGCAACAAUCGGCAAAGACCUGAAGGAAUCGACAUCCCAGUGGUACACGACUCCAGAAGUGCCCACAAGCCCCCCAGUGACGUCCCCCGUUCUGUCAACAUCAUCACCAGUGACGACUCCCCCAGUAUUCGAGCUUCGUCAGGAGCUCACCCCCUCUCGUCCCCUGCGCUCUGAAGUCGAGAAGGAACGCAGGAUAAGCAGCAGAUGGUCAGGCCAAUCGCAGGGUUAUUACCUGAGAAAUUUGAAUGGUCAGGAGGACAUCAGGAAGAAUAGAGACAGUGUGGGGACAACCGAUAGUACAGCCUCUGAGGACGAUCCCCCACCACCUCUGCCAUUGAAGAUGAGGGAAGCUGAUUAUUGCAGUCUUCCUCAGGAGAACUCAAUGCCCCCCUCGUGCGACAGCAACGAGAAUGACCCUGAGGACUACGAUCAGGGCUUCAUUGAGAGCCCUGUCAAGCCACCCACUCCACCCCCCAAGCCCAAACGCCCACUCAAGCAUAAAAUAAAGCACCUGGAUGAGGGAAGCAUCAUGCACGACUCAUCAACCGCCUGACAAUUAGAAUUAUCAAUGUUUUUGGAUAACUUUUUACGGGACAUUUAUUGCCAUCUGACACGUGUUUUUAUACGUAAUUUUUAUAUAACUUGAAAGUAAUCGUUCAUUAGGUAACGGCGAUGUGCCAUUACGUAUUAACAAUGUACUUUAUUUUUGUACAAUUGCCUUUCAUUGUUCUCUACGUGCUCUAAUUCGGAUUAUUCAGGGGGAAAAAAUUACGUUUUGUUUAGAAUGUAUUGGAGAAGGGUUUUUGGCUCGGAAAGUUAAUAUUUGGGAGAUUAAUGGAUUUUUUAGGGAAUACUGAGGUCUUUUGACUUCUUUUAUACUGAUUAUUUUGAGAAUAUCUUCGGGGCGGGAAGUUCGAAGUCAUUUGAUCGAAUACAUUUCAUGCAGAUGUAUAAAUUAUCUAGGAAAUAGUCUCCUAAUUGUGGUAAACAAUUCUAUUGCUUCGAAAAUAUUUGUUUGUUUAUGUUGCAAAACAAAUUUUUUCAGACCUCUUGUAAAUUUUUCACUGAUGGCUUUUUAUUCUGAAACGAAUGGGAUUAAUAGAAUUUCUUGAAGGAACGAUCCCUCAUCUGAAUGAUUUAGCAAUUAAGCUUCAGGAAAAUUCAUCAAGAGACUUUUUUCGAUUUUACGUAAUUUUUUCGGUAGCGUAAUUUUUUCCCUCUGCAUAUUAACGUCACCUUUUAGAUGUAAAUAACGAUGAUUGUUACCGUCCGGUGGUUAUUCGAUGUUACGCACAAGAGUAAUAGUUCCGACAUGACAUUUUGAAUCUAAUUGACUUAAUGAGAUAUGUCAAUGUGCUACGUGAUAAUGACAAUUGAACUUCUUUUCAAUAAUUAUGAAUGAAGAUUAGAUGGACUUAAGAAAACGCAAUGCUGAGAUACUUUCAAGGCCUUUUAGGGGAAUAAAAUACGAGUGUAGACCGUUGUACAUUGUUUCGAUUGGUGGUCACAUUGAGUUAUUAAUUUAUUGGAAUAAUGAGAACAUUAAUGAGUUUGUAUGCUCAAGCCAAAGAAUGCGUAAUGAUUUUACAGAGAAAAUUUAUAUGACUAUAUAAUAAUUUUAUAUAACUUAUUUUCUAGGAAAAUUCGAUUGUUGUGGUAGAUAUCUUCCUCUUUGUAUUAAUCGUAGUGCCAUUUUUCUGAUCAAUCAUUAACUUUGGUUUUAUCAUUAGUGAAAAUGUUAUUGUAUUAUUUUUGGGACCAAUUAAACAAAUUUUAUACGUUCAUUAA